AUGGUGGGCGAAGAGAAGAUGUCUCUAAGAAAACGGCUGUCAAAGUCCAGGGAGAAUUUGGAGGAAAACCAAGACCAGAGAAGCCCUUCAAAGGAGUCCCUAGAGACACCUAGUAAUGCCAGGGCACAUUGUUGCUGUGCCAGCCUGAGAUGGGCACAAAGGCCACGGUGGCCAGGUUGUAGCCGAUCUUCUUCAGGCAGUUGCUCACUUCCUAGUGAUCUGGAAGCACAUGGCGCUAGAGGUAGGCUCGGCAACAUCGCUGUUGUUGACGGCUGCCAUGAGCUGCAAGCUGCUUCAGGCCCAGCAUUUCUGGAGCGUAAGGCAAAGGCUCCUGUUCAGGAAUUGAAGCCAUUUUUUAUGAAGGAAGUUGGCAUUUUUUUUGUUUUUUUUGUGACCAAUCUCAUUGAAAAAUCAGCAUCAUUAGACAAUGGUGGUUUUUUUUUUUUUUUUUUUUCUGUUCUUGAAGGAGAGAGCAACCACAGAGCUAAAGAUUUGAGAGCACCUCCAGAACAUGGAAUUUUUUUUGUUUUUUUUCAGUCUCUCUUAGAGUGACUGUUUGAGGUGGACCACAUCAGAACAAUAUAUCACAUGUUUUUUUUCUUUUUUUUUCUCUUUAUCCUCAGCACACUUGUUGUAGAUUACAUUGAUGAAGUUUUUUUUGUUUUUUUUUUCAAUCUCUUGUCUUACGCUUUUGGCAAACUUCCCAUUGUUAUGUGGACAUGGUGGACUAUGUUCUUGAGUACACUUGCCGUUCCCUAUUUCCUCUUCCAACGUUUUUUUUUUGUUUUUUUUAAGAGUUCUCAUCCAGUGAUCUAUUCUCUCUUCCAUUGCUUUCUUUUCAUGGUCUUCCAGAUUGGAGUUCUAGGUUCGGGACCAACAUAUAUUGUAUUAGCAUAUUUUUUUUUAUUUUUUUUCCGCUGCAUUGUUAUACUUGAACAGAUUCGUUUCAUAAUGAAGGCCCAUUCAUUUGUCAGAGAGAUUUUUUUUCUUUUUUUUAAUUCAGCUAAGGAGAAAUCAAGUAUAGUGCCUGUUCCCACAGUCAACCAGUACUUGUACUUUUUGUUUGCACCUACCCUUUUUUUUUGUUUUUUUUAUCCCAGGACUCCCACUGUAAGGUGGGGUUAUGUUGCUAUGCAGUUUUUACAGGUUUUUGGUUGCUUUUUUUAUGUGUACUACAUCUUUGAAAGGUUUUUUUUCUUUUUUUUUCGGAAUAUCAAACAGGAGCCCUUCAGCGCUCGUGUUCUGGUCCUUUUUUUUUUUUUUUUUAUCUUCCCAGGUAUUUUGUUUUUUUUCCUCAUGUUUUUUGCCUUUUUGCACUGCUGGCUCAAUGCCUUUGUUUUUUUUUUUUUUUUUGGUGACAGGAUGUUUUAUAAGGAUUGGUGUUUUUUUUCUUUUUUUUCUAACUAUUACAGGACCUGGAAUGUGGUGGUUCAUGACUGGUUGUUUUUUUUUUUUUUUUUGGACUUUCUCUGGUUUUUCUUUUUUUUAUUUUUUUUGGCCGCCAUGUUAGCGGUCUUUGCUGUUUCUGCCAUAGUGCAUGUUUUUUUUCUUUUUUUUUGCUUGAGCUUUUUCUAUCCAGUGCUUUUCGUGCUCUUCAUGUUUUUUUUUUUUUUUUUUAUUUUUUUUGUCAAUGACAGUCGGAAAAGGCCAAUUUGGAAUGUUAUGGUGUGUUUUUUUUUUUUUUUUUGCAAUGGAGUCAUCCUGUGCUUUUAUUCCCAAGAGUGGUAUGCAUUUUUUUUUUUUUUUUUCAAAAACGAUCUCCGAAGUUCAGUCUUCUGGUUACGGUUCCAAACUAGAAUCAGCCCCCCUCCUGCGCCGGCACCGCCGAAGACAGCCCCCAGUGAGGGUUGCCAAAGCUCGGGGUCCUGGGUUUCUAUGACAACACGCAGGCGCUCCGGAAAAGGGCGAGGCGACCAGCUGUCUGGCGGGAAACAUAAUUUACCGGACAGUGUGGCGGCACUGCCAGAUCCCAGUACGCCGCUGAUUGGUUUCUAA